AUGUCAACCUUCAGCGGUCUGUUCAUUCCCGUUGAGAUCGUCUACUCCAUCCUUGAUCUCCUUCCCAGCCAAUCAGACCUCGCCUGCCUCUGUCGUGUCUCCAAGGAGUUCCAUUCUGUCGUCUCUCCACGACUCUACCAAAACCCUGCCGUCCGCUAUACCAAGUACACAAAUGCCCGAAACGCGCCCGUGUGGACCUUUCUCCGUACCGUGAUUCGAAGAUCUGAGCUAGGUGCACGCGUCAAGAAAGCUCACUUCGAUAAUUUUGACUGCGACUGGGACGAAUCGAGAAAAGGGAAAGAGACUCCCGAUAUUGAUGGUAACGAUCUUGAGUUGAUUCGCAACUUGAUCAUAUGGGCCAAACUCCCCAACCCGCAAGAAUGGAUCCAGGCAGUAAAGGAUGGCGACCCGGAUGCACUAGUCGCAAUGGCACUGUGCCGGCUUUCGAAGAUCGAAAUACUUGAGGUAUCCUUCCUCCGCUCACGCUCAAAACAGCGAACCUUCAUCGGCAGGAUGUUUGAGGCUCUCCAGGCGAUUCGCUCAUCUACCGCGUGUUUUCCGCAUCUUCUAAGAAUUCGUGAGAUAAGCAAUUUGCCCGAGUAUUUCACUCCGCUUCAGGACGGAUUUUGGCUAUUCGGCGUACCGGAUCUCCAAAAGAUUGAGACCAAGGUUAGGGAGGUGUCCGAGUGGUACACUUUGCAUGUAGAACAAACUCUGGUCAACCCUGAUCCAGACUACGUAUUGUCGCCCUUCCGCUGGCCUCAGUCAAACAUGGAGGUCCCGACUAUCACCACACUCAUUCUAAGGCAAAGUCAUCUCAGCGUGCCCGGUAUGCGACAAUUACUGGCAGCUUUGCCCAAUCUCCAGGAGCUUGAGUAUGACUUUUGGGGAGUAGGAAACUUGAACUACGAAGCUCCUGACGAACUCAAAUAUCCCUGCUGGCUUAUAUUCGGGUGUUUACCAGACCAUGAACUGAAUUUCGGUGACGGAUUUGAGCCCCUUCAAGACCACCUCCAGGUUCUACGUAUGUCGGCUACAGUAAACGGAGGAGAGUAUGUUUAUGGUGACCCUCCUUAUGCCGUAGGAAGUAGUGUCCCUGCGCUCAAUCAUUUCAAAGCCUUGAAAACAUUGGCAAUUCCUCUUGCGAUUUUGUUAGGCUGGAAUAAGAGUACCAAUGAUAAAUUAAGUCGGAUUCUGCCACCGAAUUUGGAGGACCUGGAGAUCACCGACACCUUUUGCGGUUCUGUAUCAUACCAGUGGGAGCCUCAUCAAGUACUGCCGCGCAUCUGUGACUAUCUUAUGAGCGGUGCAGCAAAAAAUCUUAAGAGACUCAUUCUAGGCCGCCAUCUGAACAGCUAUGGAGCGUGGGAGAACGAUGUCUUUGAUCCGGUCCAGCAGCUCUGCGAAGAGCUGGGAAUCUCGUUCAUUUAUGAUCUCGGGUGCCACUGCGACGAGCCGAGCAAUUGCAAAUCGGAUUCGCCGAUGGUGGAAGACAUCCUGAAACAUAUGGCAUCGAGGAGUACUGGUACUACAGAAACACCCAGCGAAUCCAUCACUCCGGGCCAAUGCGACAGAAUUGGGGCCCAGAUGGAUCAAAAGCAUUCGAAAUCGCGGAACUUCGAAAAGAAGCAGAAGGAUAUGUCGAUCCGAGACUUGGCAAGGAAGUCUACAAUUUCAGAUGGUCUACUUGGGAGAUCCCAGAGCUAG